AGUCAGAUAUAUACAGUACUUCUACUCGUAAGAAUGAGGAACCAUUGCACAGGAUGGUCGGUCUUUGAAAGGCGGUAGCAGUCAUUCAGAGUGCUUUCACAACCGAGAUGGCCACCUUUGACGGCAACAUGACCGGCCUGACCAAUGAUAGCGCCUUCUAUUGUCGCUUUAAAGAAGAUUUUAAAUAUGUCCUCCUCCCUGUCAGCUACGCCCUGGUCUUUGUCAUCGGCCUGGCGCUGAACGCCACCGCCUUGUAUGUGAUUGUCUUCCGUACGAAGAGCUGGAAGCCCUCCACCAUCUACAUGUUCAACCUGUCCAUGUGCGACACUCUGUACAUCCUCACCCUGCCCUUCCUCAUCUAUUACUACGCGGAUGAGAACGACUGGCCCUUCAGUGAGCCGCUCUGCAAGGUCAUCCGCUUCCUGUUUUACACCAACUUAUAUGGUUCAAUUCUGUUCCUGUGCUGUAUCAGUCUGCAUCGCUUCAUUGGCAUCUGCUACCCAGUCCGCUCCCUCCACUGGGUCAGCGCUCGUCGGGCCAAGCUGGUAUCUGUGGCAGUGUGGGCCUUUGUUUUACUCUGCCAGGCACCUAUUCUCUACUUCUCAAGAACUAGGUAUCGGGAUGGUGUGCGGAUCUGCUACGACACAACUAGCCCGGAGCUCUUUGAUGACUUCCUGGUGUACAGCUCAGCCGUGUCAGUACUCAUGUUUGCCCUGCCCUUCAUGGUGGUGAUGGUGACCUACGGCCUCAUGGUGCGGAAGCUUCUGGAGCCUGGCUGGGGGUCUGAAGGGGGUGGGGGGGUGGGCGGGUCACAACGAACCAAGCAGAAGUCGGUUAAAAUGAUCAUCGUUGUGCUGGCAACGUUCAUGCUCUGUUUCCUACCCUUCCACCUCACCAGGAGCCUUUACUAUUCUUUUAGAUACCUAAGGCAGGUCGAUCCAUCGCAGAUCAGCUGCAGGUUGUUGGAGGCCUCCAGUGUGGCCUACAAGGUAACCCGACCUUUUGCCAGUGCCAACAGCUGUUUGGACCCCAUCCUGUACUUCCUGGCUGGGCAGGACGCCCGCAGUAACCUCGUCAAAAAGAAGUCAUCUUCAUUGGGACCAACAAGCGUAACCCAACGCCUGACAACUCAAUUCUGAUCCAAUACCUGAAAAAAUGCAAAAGUGUGCAGGGACAAAUACAUUCAUUAUUGCUCGUCUCUUGUGGUAGAUGUGACGCACCGACAGGGGCGGAUGCAUUCAGAUUUUCAUCUAUGACCCAGAAUAAAUACAAUUUUGGAUCUGACCAAUGUAAAUGAGGACAGUACAUUUAUAAUGACUGACUCGUGCAGCACAUUUAUAAUUUACGGCAGGAUUUCUACAGAUCAUAUUUUAUUUUGUUUUGUCAUGUUUGAACAGGGCUGCACGGUGGUGUAGUG